ACUAACAUCCCGUCUUGUAUGCAUUGUCAUCGGGCGGGGGUGGCAUGUAAGAGGGGGGUUAAUGUUCGGUUUCGGAGGGGGUUGGAUUUAGCCGGGGAUCAUGAUGUCCUGUUUCCGGAGAGAGAAUUGUGGAUGGGGGUGAUGGGGCCGGGUUAGUAUUUAUUUAUUUUUAUUUUUAUUUAUUUUUUUUUUGCUGGAGGAGGGAGGGGGAAGGUGCUGACUGACUGACUGGUUGAAGUUCGGUUUGUGGAUGAGACAGUGGGGAUUAAGAGGUUGUAUAGAGUUGUUGAUGGGGGAGAAGAGAGCGGCUCUGGGGAUGUUGUUGGGGGGUUGGUUGGGGAGGGUCGUGGGUUUGAAGCAUUGAGUUCGAGUGAAGGAUUGGGGGAUACGUCUGCGAUACAGCAAAUGCGUGAUGGCUCGGCGCAUGAGGUGGGGGGUUGGACGGGGUCUUUGAACCGGGCGUUGGAGUCUAGGGAUUUACAGACUGCUUGCUUGGUACAGGAACAGAAGCUGUCUUUCAAUGACAGAGAGGCUACGCUGAUGCGGAACUACGUCGAGAAUAUGGCGUUGUGGGCAGAUAUCACCGACCCGCAUCGACAUUUCGAGGUAGAGGUUCCGGUGAGGGCAAUGCAGGAACCGGUGCUGCGAUUUGCCAUCUUUGCGUUCUCCUCUCGGCAUGUUGAACGACAGAGCAAGGGCAACGAGGCAGAGGCACUGCAGUAUCAUAACCACUGUCUGCAACUUCUGAUUCCGGCGCUGUCGGGCUCAGGAGGGGACUUGACGGAUGUCGUUCUUGCUGCUGUUGCGAUCCUACGCCAGCAUGAGGAAAUGGAGUAUGACGAUAACCAGUUCCAUCUGACUGGCGCAGCACAUAUACUCAACACGAUAUCGUCAUUUGGAUCCUCCGGCGGACUAGGCGAGGCAGCUGCUUGGCUCUGUCUUCGCGAGGAUAUCCACGUGUCGCUGAUCUCGCAACAGCCUCUGCGGACAAACCUGCAAAGCUUCCAUCAGUCAGAUAUAUUUCUCAGAACGGACGACUUUGCUUGGGCCGCGCGGAUGGUCUUCUUACUAGCUAAAGUGCUGAAAUGCGCAUUCAGCCAAGUGUCCUCGCCAGAAUAUACCGCCCUACAGAGUAUGGCUCAGGAGGUCGAAGACUGGAACAUGAGAAAGCCAUCUUCUUUUCAUCCUCUUCGAGUUCUUCCUCGUGACAGAGAUGUGUCCCGUCGAUUCCCAGAGGUGUGGAUGUUGCUACCGGUGCAUGUGAUCGGGGUCCAGUACUACCACAUCGCCAAGAUUGUCCUGGCCUUUUCGUGUUGCCCAAGUCCUUCUCUUGCUUACGAGAGUUUCAAGAAUUCACGAAACAUCGAGAAAACCAUUCGACACCACCUUUUCAUGGUGCUCGGCUUGGCCAAGUCGAAUCCCAAAGCGGAGAACACGCUUUUCACUGCACGGCACAGCUUGGUAGCCUGGGGCUGGGUCAUCCGGCAGAGACCGGAUCAAGAGGCGGCCGAGAUUCUCCUGAGGGAAAUGUGGACUCGGACAGGCUGGGACGUGGCCGCAUCGAUCCAGUCUUUACGGGAACAAUGGGCCGACGAGGACACGGAUGCCGAGUCGUGA